UUUUUAAAAUUGUAAUUUGUUAGAAGUCGGCUAUUGUUUCGUGGUCUGAGAGAACAAAAAGGACCGAACUUCAUUCAAAUCCCCGACAAAUCUCAAUCGCCUCUUUUUUCUCGACGAAAUUGGAAUAUCAGAACGAAGAGAGAAAGAAAAAUUUUGAUGGAAAAAGGAAAAUCUGCCGCCAAAGCAUUAGAAAUCUCGUUGAAGAAGCUCGAUUUGAACGCCGAUCGGAACUCCAAAUCGUCUCAUUCGAUCCCCUCUCUACACUCUUCCAGGUUACGCGUUGAGAAGAAUAAACCUCCUAGUUUAGUGAGCUUGUGCCUCGGAGUUGUUGGCCGGCAUUUGGAGGAUAUUGUGGAGGAUUUGAGUGAGAUUGCUGUUAGUUUUCCCGCGGAUAUUAAGAUAACAUUGGCAGCAAUUGCAAGGAGAAGAAAGUUACUAAAUGAUGAUGUCAUUGUCUCCUUAGCUGAUAGUUCGUGGGAAAUUCUUGACCUUUCUGGUUCAGAUGUUUCAGAUUUCGGCUUAGCAAAAGUAGCUGAAAUGUGCAAAUCUCUUUGUGCUGUGGAUAUAAGCCAAUGCAACAAAAUUACUGCCAAUGGUGUAUCAGAACUUGUGCAGCACUGCCAUUCAUUGGAGACGUUGAGAUGCGGAGGGUGCCCUGCGAGUGAGUCUACAGCCCGAAGAUGCUUGGGCAUAUUGAAGCCAAAGCUGAACGAUGUGGGGGGAGAUUCUUGGGAGGAGCUUGAUACCAUGGAGAUUGGUCAUGGCGCACAGUCUUUGCGUUGGCUUGUGUGGCCAAAGAUUGAUAAAGACUCACUGGAGAUGUUGUCUACCGAAUGCCCACGGAUAAUAGUAAAUCCAAAGCCAUCACUAUUCAGCUUUAGAGGAACCGAAGUUCCCAGGGAAGCAUUGCCUGAUGUUGCUUUGGAUGAUCCCAUCAUCAAGGACAUCGAUCCCAAAACAUGGGUUUUCUGCCGGUUUACACCAAAGGCCAUAUCCCAAACUCUUUCAAGUCCCAACGAGUUAUCCCUGGCGGAAAAAUUUAGACUCGCCUUUGUGGAAAGAGACAUGCGCUUAGCUCCAAAGCGUGCAAAGAAUGCAAGACAGCAUCAGCGUCGCGCAGAGAGGGAGUGGAUGAUGACAAGCACCAGAGCCAAGGCAUUAGCUCUGGCCUCACAAGCAAGCAAAUCUCUACAUGGUCGAAGCUGAACCAUUCUAGCUUUCCAUCCUUAAUGUUCCUUUUUGGUUGUAAAUUAGAAACUGUAAAGUAUGCUAGUGAAUGAAGGAAAGUAAGGGUAUGGUGAUUAACUUUGGUUUUGCAUUUUGGCUAUAUCCAUCAUUGUCUUCCUCUAGGAGGCGGCUGAUGGAAACUUGGGAGAUACAUUGGAGAGCCUAGUGAGAGUUGUGGAUAUUUUGUUUUUAAAGUAAAAUGUUAUACUUUUCGUACUAAAACAUCCUGCAUCUGUGAAGUUAGGGCUGUAAAUCAUGAGUUUCAUUCACACUUAA